AUGGAGGAGUUACCUAUACAAAUCACAGCAAACAUACUUUCAAGCUUGCCUCUGGUAUCAAAAUUGCAAUCCAGAGAAGUAUGCAAAACAUGGCGAAAGUUGAUACCUAAACCCAAGAUAGGUUUACUAUACGGGGUUUCACACAGCAAGGUAACUAAAACUGAAGCACAAUUCUUGUUUUCAGAACAAAACAGUGAUAAUGUUAAUAAUAAUCAUGUCUAUCAUGAUUACUUCGGAAAACUUACAAAGUUAGACCACAGUUUAAUCAUGCCAUCAUCUCCCGUCUUCAAAAGUUUCAUGGUUGGUUCUUGCAAUGGUUUAGUUUGUUAUGCCUGUUAUGAAAGUUCGAGAAUAUGUGAAAUAAAAAGAGUCUACAUUUUCAAUCCUGUCACUGGAAAGCAAAUCCAAAUUCCAAUUAUUAACGAAUGCGACUUUAAUUCUUACACAGACCAUGCGAUUGGGUUCGGUUACAAUCGUUCAAGUAAUGAGUACAAGGUUGUUAGAAUUCAGCAGAUAGUAGCGUCUGUUUUACCUUUUCAACCGGUAGACUAUUGCCGAGAUGUUGAAAGGGUUCAGGUGUAUAUCCUCCUGCAGGGUGGAACUGGGUGGAGAAUCAAAACUAGUAGUAUAAUUAGAAACAGCGUUCUGUCUCAGCUGAGUGCACCUGUUUUACCAUUAUCGGGUAUUUUUGCAGGUGGAACUCUUCAUUGGAUACACAAGCACGGUAGGAAACUAGAAACUAUAGCUUUUGAUUUGAAAAAUGAAACGUUUAAAGUGCUCCCAUCAAUACCUUCUGUUGGUCAUGGCGCUAACCAUGUUGAGCUCAUGGUAUUGGGAGGCAAUCUGUGUGCUCUGGAAGUAGUUCCAAGUAAACAUGUCACGAUAUGGGAGUCAUGUGAGUAUACACGGAAACGCUGCAGGUAUAUUUUCUCGUUGAUUAAGAACGGAUACGCUUUGCGUUGGGUUACAAAGUUUAGUAUUGCAUGGAAAGACUACAACUUGAUUGAGCCGAUUGGGUUAGCACAGAGCGACAAAUGUUUGUUAUGGUACAAUGUUGUUCUCUCUUGUUAUGACCCUGAGGCUAACACUUUGAGAAAGCUGGAGGAGACUUUGAAGAAAUUCAUGGAUGAUUGUGGUCCUUCGGUAUACACAACUGCUCGAGCAACUCCUCAUGCGAAAAGCCUUGUUCCGCUGAAACUUGAAACCGAUUCUGGAGGAAAGAGUUGGAAAGAAAAGAAAAGCUUCCUGUAUUAA